UCAGUGUACUGCUUUUCUCUCUGUUGCAUUAGUAAUAACAGCGGCGUUGACGAGAGACAGCAGGAGAGUGUGUGUGUCUCCGGCAGCGGUGCCCAGCGGAGGAAUAUUGAGCUUUUUAUUUACUCUGCAGCUUGUUGUUCAUUUUCUCAACGUUAUGGUGAACUUGGACAGUCACGUGCGAACAUCUCCGCAAGUAUAGAGGACGACGACUUCUCACCUGGUGUGUCCCUUUGACUUCACCGUGAGGGGAAAAAUAUACCUGCCAUUUUUUUGUGCGACCUGACAUCGCUGGACUCCUACCCCCACACUGUGACGAACAACAACAGCAAGUUCUCUCCCUUAGGGAUGAAAUAUGCACACUCUGCAUCCAUAGAAGAAAGCAGAAGACACACAGUGUGAAGUGCAAAGUGUGACACCAGUCGACUUGUGGCCGUUGCUGUUAGACACCCUCGCCGGUGGCAGAGGCGAGUUCUCUGCUCUCUGGUCAAGAUCUCUGGCACUCCUCACCUUCAGGUUUUAAAUCAUGAUGAUGCAGGAGUCGGCCACAGAGACAAUAAGCAACAGUUCAAUGAGUCAAAAUGGAAUGAGCACCCUAAGCAGCAGCCAAUUAGAGGCUGGCAGUAGAGAUGGGAGAUCAAGCGCUGGUGACACAAGCAGCGAAGUAAGCACAGUCGAGCUGCUGCAUCUGCAACAACAGCAGGCACUACAAGCAGCGAGGCAAUUACUCUUGCAGCCAGGCAGUGGCCUGAAAUCUCCAAAGAGCCAGGACAAGCAGCGUCCACUGCAGGUUCCAGUGUCAGUGGCCAUGAUGAGUCCCCAGGUGAUCACGCCACAACAGAUGCAGCAGAUCCUCCAGCAGCAGGUGCUUUCCCCCCAGCAGCUCCAGGCCCUCCUCCAGCAGCAGCAGGCUGUAAUGCUGCAGCAGCAACACCUGCAGGAGUUUUAUAAGAAGCAGCAGGAGCAGCUCCAUCUGCAGCUUCUCCAGCAGCAGCACCCUGGCAAGCAGGUUAAAGAGCAACAGCAGCAGCAGCAGCAACAGCAACAGCAGCAGCAGCUGGCCGCCCAGCAGCUCGUCUUCCAGCAGCAGCUCCUGCAGAUGCAGCAGCUUCAGCAGCAGCAGCACCUGCUCAACAUGCAGCGGCAGGGCCUGCUCUCGCUCCCUGGGCCCGCUCCAGGCCAGGCCGCCCUGCCCGGACAGACCCUGCCCCCACCAGGUGGCUUGAGCCCCGCAGAGCUCCAGCAGUUGUGGAAGGAUGUGACUGGAGGCGGUGGUCAUGCCAUUGAGGACAACGGCAUCAAACACAGCAACACUGGCACCGGCACCGGGGCUAGCGUGGGUGGCGGCGGUUUAGACCUCUCCACCAAUAACUCCUCUUCAACUACCUCCUCCUCCAAUCCAGCCAAAGCAUCACCGCCCAUCUCUCACCACUCCAUCACCAAUGGACAGUCACCUGCCCUCAACCACAGAAGAGAGCGGGAAAGGGAAAGGGAGCGAGAGAGUUCACUACAUGAAGAAAAUGGAGGAACCCACCCCCUGUAUGGUCAUGGUGUAUGCAAGUGGCCCGGCUGUGAGAACAUCUGUGAGGACUUUGGACAGUUUUUGAAGCACUUAAACAGUGAACAUGCCCUGGAUGACCGGAGCACAGCCCAGUGUAGAGUCCAGAUGCAAGUUGUUCAGCAGCUUGAAAUACAACUUUCUAAAGAACGUGAGCGUCUUCAGGCGAUGAUGACCCACUUGCACAUGCGGCCCUCAGAACCCAAGUCAUCUCCCAAACCACUCAAUUUGGUGUCCAGCGUCACCAUGUCGAAGAACCUGCCCUCAGCAUCGCCCCCCAACUUACCUCAGACUCCCACCACGCCCACAGCACCCAUCACACCCAUGGCUGCCAUGCCCCAGGUGCCAUCAGUACUUGGAGGAGCAAACGUCCCCAGCAUGGGAGCCAUGCGCAGACGCCACUCGGACAAAUACUCCAUGCCUUUGUCAUCAGGUGGUGACACAGUAUUUAUUUUUCCAGAGAUUGCCCCAAACUACGAGUUUUAUAAGAACGCAGAUGUCAGACCACCAUUCACUUACGCAACCCUCAUAAGACAGGCUAUCAUGGACUCUGCUGACAUGCAGUUAACACUUAAUGAAAUCUACAGCUGGUUCACACGCACAUUCGCCUACUUCAGACGCAACGCUGCAACUUGGAAGAAUGCUGUGCGCCACAACCUCAGCCUGCACAAGUGCUUUGUGCGUGUGGAGAACGUGAAGGGGGCAGUGUGGACAGUAGAUGAGGUGGAGUACCAGAAACGCAGGUCGCAGAAGAUCACAGGAAGUCCAUCUCUUGUCAAGAACCUGCCCUCCAGUCUUGGUUAUGGAACUGCACUAAAUGCUAGCUUACAGGCUGCCCUGGCAGAGACCUCCCUGCCUUUGCUGGGGACCCCGGGGCUCAUGAACAGCGCUGCAGGCCCAAUGGGAGGCAACUGUCACGGUCUCCUUGGCGGAGACCCAUCCGGACUGAUUGGAGGAAGUCCACCCAGGCUGUUAGGUGGUAGUCCACCCGGCUUGCUGGGUGGCAGCCCCCCAGGUAUGAUGAGCGGCAGCCCUCCCAUCUUGUUGCAGUCCACCCAUGACGACCUCAACGGCUCACUCGACCACCUGGACACCAACGGACACAGCAGCCCCGGAUACUCCCCUCCAGUACACAUGCCACCUGUUCACGUGAAGGAGGAGCCACUUAAUAUGGAUGACGACGACUGUCCAAUGUCACUCGUGACGACAGCCAAUCACAGUCCAGAGCUAGAAGAUGACCGGGAACUGGAGGAAGGAAACCUAUCAGAAGACCUGGAGUGACUAGGAUACAAUUUUUGGUCAACGUAUCCCUUCACCCAGUCGCACUCUUUCUCUCACACAGACCUACAAGACUAGAAACCACUUCACAGUCCAAACAACCACAGCUGACUCUUUGUCUCUCUCACCACUGGGACUAUUUAUUGAGCAUGUAUCCGGAUAGAGACCGAUCCAAAGGAACUCUCUGUUGCAGCCCUUUGGGAUCCCCAAACAUGAAAGACAUAAGAUGUCUGUUUAAAAAAAAAAAAAAAAAAAAAAAAAAAAGAGAGAGAGACCUGUUUCAUUAGGAGUGGCAUGGCCACAUACAGUAUAAGGAUGAUGGACUCAUGGAUGGGGGUGGGGGGGACAUGAGACUAAGAAGCAAAUCAUGUUCCGUUGAAAGCUAGCGGCCUCAUAUACUGCCAAAAAGGAAGACAUCUUAUGUUUGUGAAUAAUCCAACCCACAGUAGUUGUUAAUGUCUAGAGACAAUUGCUGGUUCAAUUCAAGUUGUUGCUCUGUUAUCAUUUGCACAGGAGUAGUCUCAGAAAUUUGUCACUGCCUGUAUGUUGCUAUUAUGAAAACCAGUAUAUUAAUUUUAGCUUUUUUUUUUUUUUUUUUAAACCAUUAUUAAUUUCCAUGUAUGAUUAUUAGACACCACCAACUGUAAAUGCCAUUCCCUGGAUCAUAGUAAAAGGAACCGUGGUUAUAAGGCUUGUUGCAGCUGUCCAGAAAAAAAAAAGAAAAAGUUGGCUUCCAGUCUGUUAUCUGUAUGUGAUUAAAGUUUGGGGGGGGGGUGUAAAUGAAGUUGGAGAAACAAUAACGGUUCGCUUAAAGCACCAUUUACAAAAACAAAUGCAUUUCUGCAUCAUUUCCUACAUGGUGUUCUCUUUACCUCCACGUUUUAAAGCUUUGUCUACCUGCAAACAGUCACAGGCAGCAGCUAGAAACCAAAGCCAACACUAGCAAUGGCCAAUAGCUUAUAGACAGAAGCCACCAAACUCCUCUUGGUCCGUCUUCUGUGACUUUAAACUACUACAAAGAGAAGCUUUCAUUCCGCAAACUACCUUGGAAUAACCUCUGGGAUUGUUUCAUUUAGCCCUAUACAAAGAUGAAAGAGAGCGCGGAAAUAAAUGAUGAUUUUUUUUUUUAUGCGUAAUUUGAGAACUCAAAACGUUCACUUUGGAGAUUUCCUGCCAGACGUACUGCAGGUGAAAGGUGACAUGAUGUUUGAACUACAGGCAUUUUGUGACGGUGAUUUAACCAGUAGAGAGCAGCUAACCGCAAAAGUGGAUCAUGACCAAAACGAAACAUUUGUGUGUUCAGUGAAAGUGCAGAAACAUUGUGUUAUUGUGCUUUUUUUUUUUUUUUUUUCAUUUUAGCACCUUUUCUUUUUCAUUUCCCUUCAAAAGUCAUAGUUUUCCUUUCAUUUUAUGUUUUUCUUCGAACCUGGUGAAUAUGUAUUGUUUUAAGUGGGUCUGUCGAAUAUACUGUCACGUCUUACUUCUGUGGCGGUUUUGUUCUGAGCCGCAUCCAAACCGAAACUGAAAACAUUUCUAACCAAACAUGAAAAAUAUCUAGUGAAGCCAAAUAAGUCAUAAUUUCAAGUUAAUAUGAAAUGAUGUGGUUACCGUGUAAAAGCAAAUAUUAAGAGCCAUUUCAGAAGAAGAUAUCUAAGAUGAAUAGUAACCUUUUCUAGGUGAGAUUUGCUUUAACGUCAUUAAAUACUCAUUGUGUGUGUCAUGGCUCCUAAACUAUAUAGGUACAGCUUGUGUUGACACUGAUGUACUCUGUAUAGGUAGCCAGCUUUUUAUAACACUUAGUAUUUACAGUCUACUGACUAAAAAGAAGUAGUCAUAGUGGAAAAUACGUGCCAUCAUUUUCCUCUCAGCCUAUGUCAUCUAGAAAAUUGUUGUUGCUUUAACGGUCAUUUCUGUUUUCAGUAAACCAAAGUUACACAAAAUUCUGCCUCCUCUUGUAUGGGAUAAAAAAAAUCCUACAAACAACCGCACACACAAACAUGCACACACACCAUGUCAGAGUCUAACUUUGUUCUUGUUCUGGCUGAAAAAAAAAAAAAUGCCGUCAAAGAACCAACGUGGCUUUUUGUGUCCUGCUGUAACGAGCAACGCGUCUGCCCGUUCUGACCAAAAUGCAAACACACUGUGCAUAUGUUGCUUUUGAGUGUGAUGCCAAGUCCAGGAAACCAGGAAACGUGCACAUCCUCUCUCACAUACACACAUAGAAACACUUGCCAGUUCCACAUCGAGAGGGGGUUACUGGGCCCAGGAACAAAGCUUAUCCCAUCAAUACCGAGCUGGAGUCAGCAAAACAACUUGAAGAUGACGUUCUUAAUAAUCUUAUCACACCAAAUAAAAAAGAAGCUGCGUCUUUCAGACGAGAAAAAAAAUUAAAUAAAUAAAAAGGAAAAAAAAAAGGGUUCUCUCACUUACCCAAAAAGGCUUUCUAAAAGCUUCUACCUCUGCACAACAAAUUCAGAACAAUUAUGACAGAUUGCACGAGUUAUGAGAAUGCCACAAGAGCUGUUACACUUUCCUGCGCUUGUCUCAUAGGACGUGGCUCAAACCAACGUUUACAUUCCCUGCGUCAAGAUACAGAAGAUUUGCAUUGUAAUAGGUUGUCCGCAAACAUUUGUAGAAUGAUAAUGUAUAGAUUACCUGUAAGGGAAUAUUGUGUUUUUAAAAAUGCAUGUCUAAAAAAAUCAUUUGGUGGACUGGAAACAAGAACUAAUAAAAAGAAUAUAAUAAAACUCAUCAGGAUGAUGGUCUACAUGUACAAUGCAUAAGAGUGCAUUACCUCAGAUAUACUGUUUUGGGAGGGAUAAAAAUCUGUCAGCCACAGAAUGCAUAUUACCUGUAGAUUUGCAUGGGUUUUGUAUAAAUUAUGGAAAAAAAAAAAAAAAAAAAGUCUAAAAUAGUUGCUUGCACAUAAUACCAGAAAGACCUCCAGAACUGCGAUCUGCUCCACUAGAUUUUAGGAUUGUCUGGGUUUUCUGGGUUGAUUUUGUCUGUAUUUUGAUAACUGUGCAUACUUAUGUAAAAAGAAAAAAAAUGUUGGUGGACCCAUAAAUUUACCAGACUUUUUUCUAAGAGGAAAAAAAAAAUCUGUGUUUCUUUUCUGACUUACCUGAAUUUUUACUGUUUCUCUCUCAUUGCUCGCUAAGAAUAGCAAACCUGCUUUUUCUGCAUCUGCUUUGCGUAGCUGUAAGGCUUAACCUAAUGUGUGUAUUUAUUGCUUGUACCUCUGUGCAUACUUUAUGAAGCAUUAUGUCUGGCAGUUGAGUCAUGUAUCCUUUCUACUGCUAUCUUUCUCUAAUAAUUGAGAAUAUGAUCCCCUAUGUAUACAGUAAAUUGGGACUGUAGCAAACAUAUGUUUAUGUAAUUGGUGAAAACUUUUUUCUUUUUUUUUUUUCCUUUUUUUUAAAUUUUUGAUCAAGAUUCAACUACUUCUUUUGAUACUCAUUACUGUGUACUGUGUCCAUAUGUUAAAGGUUCUCUGACAUUAGAAGGUCAUGGUUGAGAAUUGUAACAGACAUUAUUUUCUGUAUUCAUGGCAUUUCACUGCUGAAUAAAAUAAAGGACCAAAACUUG